AUGAUACGUGAUUUCUAUGAUAGUACUGAUGAAGAUGACAUGGAAAGUCAGUAUCAGAUUGACCCAGAGUGCUUGGUGCUGACUCCGCCAGACAAAGAUAUGCAUAACCGGUGCUGCGGGGGCAAAGCCUGGUGUAUAAAGGAUAUAUGUGGCAUAAUAUGUGCAGUGCUGACAUGGUUGUUGAUACUGUACGCGGAGUUCGUAGUGAUGAUGGUGAUGUUGCUGCCCAGUUUGUCGACGUACCCGUUCUACAGUUACGUCAACAUAUUUAUAUUCCAGAUACUGGCAUUCCUUGCGUUUGCAUCACAUUUGAGGACUAUGUUCACCGACCCUGGCGCAGUACCAAAAGGAAACGCAACAAAGGAGAUGAUCAAACAGAUGAGUUUCCGCGAAGGCCAGGUCAUAUUUAAAUGUACUAAGUGCUGCAGCAUCAAGCCAGAGCGAGCGCAUCACUGCUCAGUGUGCCAACGGUGCAUUAGGAAGAUGGAUCAUCACUGCCCGUGGGUGAACAACUGCGUGGGAGAGAACAACCAAAAAUAUUUCGUGCUUUUCACGUUCUACAUCGCGGCGCUGUCGAUCCACUCGGUGGCGCUGGCUAUAUACCAGUUCGUGACGUGCAUCCGGCACGAGUGGCGCGACUGUAGCACAUACUCGCCGCCCGCUACCGUCGUGCUGUUGCUGUUCCUGAUCGCCGAAGCCCUGCUAUUCGCCAUAUUCACCGCUGUCAUGCUCGGCACACAGCUGCAUGCCAUUUGGAAUGACGAGACAGGCAUUGAACAAUUGAAGAAGGAGCAGGCGCGCUGGGUGCGAAAAUCUCGAUGGAAGAGUAUCCAGUCUGUUUUUGGCCGUUUUUCAAUCUUUUGGUUUUCCCCCUUCACUCAACCUUCGCCAAAAUCAAAAGUUGAAAGUUACCUGUAUAGCGUAUAAAUGAGACAUCACCGAUUUUGAAGGUAAUGGUAAUAGCACGAAUAUCAGCUCGGUAUCGGUUCAUCAACGCCUUAAUUCAUUUUCAUCUAACAAACAUCGAACUUUUCACGAAUAUUCACCUUCUAUAUAAACAUAACAUAAAAGCCUAGUCAUUAGUUAGCAGUGGCGAAGUUAUAAACGCGGCGUCGUCUAAAGUCGGAUCGAUGCGCCGGGGGUGCAGUGGCCGUAGACAAGAUGCUUUACUACAAUAAAAAACAUCGCAUGCAUGAUAAAAACAUAUCCUGGAGAUAGUUUCUCAUACUUAUCGUUUUCUAGUAGCAUUAAAUAUUGUACAAAGGCAGCCUGUACACGGUCCCUCGUCUGCUCCAGUCAGUGCUAGUGUUUGGUUAGCACCGAAGUGAUUAGCAAGGCGAUGACGACCGAUUCCAGUUUGUGUGCUACAAACUUCACUGUUAUUAGCAAAAUUAUUACCUUGAUUUGGGACUGAGUUAAACCUAAUAUUUUAAAUGUUGCACUAUGUUAGAAAUUUAUGCAGAUGUAGGUAAACAAUGCGAUUCCCAAUAAAUAUCACAAAGCAAUAAUUUUUCCUGUUCUAAAUUAAUUAUGCAAUUUGUUGUAAUUUGCGAAGUGGUUUAUGAGCAUAUUAUUAUUAUUUAGCUUGUUGAUGUAAAUUAUUGUUCCAAUAUUGGUUGUAGUUCUGUCUCACUCGAGUGAGUCGUUUGUGUAAAGCUGGGUCUCUUGCGAUGUUAUUUUUGUAAAUGGGUCGUGUUUUUGUAUAAAAUUGACGCGCGGCUUAGUUUUAUUUAAUAAUGUUCACUUACAUGACCAUGUUUUGACUAGUGAGUGAGCGUUGUGAUGUCACUAGAGCACAUAACGUUUGUAUAUGGGAGCCCGCGUUGGUACACCGCGCAUACGUCACGUAUGCGCUUGUUAAUGCAAUCUCGUUCGCUUGUGAAAGAUUGUCGAGUUGAAAAUUCUCAAACAUCGUAAUACUCUGUUCGUUUUCUUAGAAGUAAACGAUAAUGUUUUGUAAACAUGUUUUAUAUUUAUCGCAGAAGACCCGGCGAAAUGCAUUGCAUUUACUAUGUUAGGAUUGUCGAAUGUUAAUUUUAAAGUAUGACGAGUCGAAGUGGUGUUAAUAAAAUGUAAGUAGAAACGCUCAGAUAAUGAUUAAUCGGUCACGGUUAUUUGUGUCUAAUAUAUGUGUGUCUUAUGUACAGAGAAUAAUGGAAGGUUUCAUGUGUUAAUUCACUCCCGGUUUUUGUUCGUAAGCUUCACUCACCACUCGCGCUUACGACUAAUAAGAUGUGUGAUCUGGUUAUCGAUUUAUGUGAAAUGCACAAACACACAAUGGUAUCAAACGAAGGAAAAUGAGUCUGAGUGUAGUUUAAAGGUAGCUUGUUAUUCAUUUUGUGAAAGUAUAAUAGAUGUCGGGACUUGUGCUAUUUAAGAGUUCAAAUCACAAAAUAUUUUAAGAAUAGAUUCAACACAUAUAUUUAUAAUUGUAAUGUAAAUAUUCCAUGCUUUUGAAUGUUCUUCAUGUGUAGUGUCCCAUGGGCUACGGACAAAUGUUCGCAAACAGUUAUUGUGCCGUUGCGGUUGGGUAUAUAAAUCUUAUUUGUUUACGGAUUGAUUUGUGAAACCCAUGCAUACCAACAACACUGAUGUAAACUAGUAUUCCGAUAGAAAACCAAUUCCAUUUAUAAUAACAUGAACUGUAUGACCACAUUUAAGUGACCACAACCACAGCACUAUCAGUUGUGCUUGACUCGUGAAGUUUGGUUAGAUUUGUGCAAACCAAACCUAUAUAACAAUACAAUGAUCUCUCUUUUUAUGUUUAAAUAAUGCAAUAUGUUUCAAAUUUAAUUGAAAAUUAAGGAAACAUAAUAUCUUAAAAGAACAAAUGUUAAGUAUGUGCAAUUAAUUUAUUUAAUGCUUAAGUGAUUAAUGUUGGAUGGGUUCAGGGCUUUACCUCUAAUUUGUGUUACAAUAUUUAAAUUAUUUAGCAGCUAAGCUUGAAGUGAGUGUGUGUGUUGCCAGAAUUAAAAUUAUUUAUUUUCAAUUUAUUUUGAAUAGAACAUAAUAUUUUUGGGCCAAGGCAAUUGAUGCGGAGUCGACGUGACGCGUCGUUAUUAUAUGUACAAUGGGUACUGUUAAGUACAGUGCAUUGACCGUUUGUAAUUAUUGUGUUUGUCCAAUGUGUUAGCGCCUCUGAAAAAGUGCGGUUGCGUGACCUUUUUUCGCGAAUGUAGUGUGCCGAUUUCGUAACAGUCGGUGUACAAUGAAACUUCAUCGUGUAGUAGGCAGGCAUUGCCCACACAAUACUCUUAAAUACUAUUUAUAAGGGCCCAAGUCAUGUAAUGAUCUAUAUAUUAUUCACAAGUUUAUAUACUAAAUACCAUAAUUAUUAAUAAUCCAAAAAUUUAAAACAGAAGUAAUCUAAAAUAUUUGAAUUCGGCAGUUUUUAUCGUUAGAUGCAGAACAAUCCCAUCGAUAUUUCAAAUAAGUAGAGUUGGAUUCUCCAACGGUUGCUAUAAUUCUGCCGGCAUGCUACAUUUACGCCGGUUAUAUCCGUACAUCUUGUGUAGUGGUCGCAACUCGAUGAGUAGUCAUAUAGCAUUAGUGCUGGUACAAUUUGACGUCGCGUGGCCUCUACGCCAAUGUUCUUUGACCCAACCCCGAAAUUGUCAUGAUUGUUUCCAUAAGUUUAAUCUGUAGAUGAUAGUUGUUGAUGUAAACCUAUUUAUGGCUAUAUUACAAGUUUGUCAUAUUAUGAGAGAUGAGCGUAAACGACGCUGAGAUGUAAAAAGCUACGAAGGUCACAAAUUUAGUUUCCAAGUACAUUUUAUGUAGUAAUAAUGUAGUUUUUUGUAAUAAUGUAAAUUCAAUACCAAUUCCUCUGUUGUAAUAAUUUAUAAGAAUACCUUCGUUUAUCAAUUAACGAUCUUCCAUGCUUUCAAUGUAUUACUGUAUUUACUAAAUGGCGUAUGCUAUGUAGAAUGGUCGCAUUACCGUCGGGUAAAGCUUAGUAUAUGAGCUUGUAGCAUGUGGGUUUAUUAUUUCGUUGUGCCGAUUGUUUCUUGUUAUUAGGCUGUAUUUAUCGUUGCGGUCAUCUCAGCUAUGGGAUCAAAUAAUUAUUUAUAAUAGUAUGGGCCAAUAUUAGAAGGUGUGAAACUUAUACAAACUUAUUCAAUUUUAUAUAAAACUAACUUUAAGGGAAAACAAUAGCGUAUUUAUAGCUCUCGAAAAUUAAAAAAAUGUCGUAUUUUCUAACGCCAUUAUAAAAGUAUUUUUGAAAAUCUGUAUGUAAUGCCAAUGAAAUAUAUAGUUUAUAUUUUUUUGCCUAGAUUUUCUAUCAAUAAACACUUCUGGUAUUGGUUCAAAUUACUAUUUUUGUCUUUGACGACUUAUUUAUUUUCAAUAGAAUAUACGUUAAGUAUAUAUUUGUAUACUGAAUUCUGUAUAUUUUUUAUGAUAUAGUUUAAGAUGUUUAAUCUUAGAAACUAUGAAUUAAGGAAAUGUGGUGAUACGACGACUUCAAAAGAAUUUAUCUCAUACUAAAUAGAAAGAUACCACGAGUGUGAAUGAAUAUUGUUUGUAAUGUGACGUUAAAUAAUUCUAAACAAAUUCAAUAAUAUAAUAACUAUGUACCUAAUGUAUUGCAGACGGUAGUACCAAUGAAUUGGAAAUUAAUACAAAAUAGGACCUCAAUUAUAUGAAUUAAUUAAACUUUUCUGGAAAUAUGAGCUCUAAUAAAAUUGCAAAGUUUGAAUGACCAAACAUACCGAAAAACAUUACCUAUAUUGUAAAGUAUAAAUAAAUUAUAAAGUGGACACACCCAGCAGCCUCUCCCGCGCUUGUCGAAGCACUACGCAACGGUCACAUUUAAGGAACGGUUGAGACAAAACAGCCGGAAGAAAUAGAAUAAGAGAGAGCAAGGUUGAGAAGUAAAGGAGAGAAAGAAAGAUUAAAAGUGAGAAAUAUCGUUAAUUUCGGGUAGGUGGUAGUUUUCGGAUAAAGUGGACGCGUUCGAAGAAAAGAUGUUCUAUUAUCAGAAACGAACAUAUUAUGUUCGUAAAACAUCCAACGUAUUAACAUCAUUUAAUUUCAACAAUUCAUCUUACAGCUUAUAUUAAUUUAUUACUUACCAAUUUUUCUUACCGUAAUCAAUAUUCGGACUUCAUUCCCCGGAAACGUAUUUUUUUAAGUCUCGGUGAAAUAUGAUCUGUGUUGAUUGGAGUUUUGAGAAUUACGAGUAUGUAGCUUGUAACAAGUAUUACAUUACUUAUAUCUAAGUUAGUCUGGUAACUCAUAAUUGGCCUAAAUAUUUGUGAAUAAAUGUUUCAUAAAUUAUGUUUGAGUAAAGACUUUAUUAAUUAGUUUAUCGCGCUUACAAAUUUAUUUUAUUUCCACUUACGUGUUUCACACAGCCAGUUUUCUCUAAAAAGCUCUUUUUGUGUCACACAUAUAGCUGUAAUAUUCCAUAAACACUUUAUAGAUUCGUUUCUUCCCUAUGUGCCUGGUUACGAUUUUACAACAAGUUAUAAGUAAUUAUACGAACACAUUUAUAUUGGACAUGUUUGUUGGUAGCACUAGUACAAUAGAACAGUACAAGUCUAUGAAUGCUCAGAACUUAAAGAACACCAAUGAUUGUAAAUGGCUAGUUAUCAGCUUUCAUUGUUGCUGCAUUUUAAAAUAUUACUCUUACAAAGUCAUUUGCAGUGGAUCGUGUCCAUAAGGAAUCACUAUGAAAA